AAAAAAAAAAAAAGAAAGGGAGAGAGAGAGGUUCAUUGCAAUCCAAAUAUGCCCCAGUAACAGUAAACAAAAAUACAGAAAUAUCAGCAGGCAAACACCAAAAAUAUCCACCCCACACACUCAAAACCAUAUCUUUUUUUGAUCAUCCAAGCAAUGCAAUGGCCACUACCUCUCUCCUCCCCAACCCAUCUGCGAUUCCAACUUUCAACCCCACCACCACCAAGCCUCCUCCCAAAAGCACCCUCUUCUCUCUAUCUCUUCCCACCUCUUUCCCCUCUUCUUCUUCUCUAAAGCUUAGUUGUAAUGGAGCUGUGGACUCAAGCCAAGCCUUAGAGGAGAGAGAAACUAUUGCAGCCGCUGUACAAGCCAUUUCUCUUGCAAAGGCGGCAGCAGAGGCAGCACGAGAAGCAGUUGAAGCCACAGUUCGAGUUUCCGAUGGAAGCCACGAAUUGUCGAGGAGAGGUGAAUUUGCAAGUUGGGAAUGCGCCAGGCGUAGGAGGAAGAAGAAGAGGAAGAGAAGAGAGGAUAGAGAAAGUGCGGAAACGGAGCUUUCGGGGGUUUUACGAUCAGUCGGAUUGUUUGAGAAGUCAUCUUCCUCGGAGGACUACCUGACGAGGAGAGAGGAAGCAGAGUUCUCACUCUGCCUUCGGGAAGGGGCAAGGCUUGAGGGAAUUCGGAGGAAGCUUAGAGAGAAGAGAGGGAGAGAGCCAAGUCGGGGGCAAUGGGCAGAGGCAGUUGGGAUGAGAGAGUCGAGCAUGGAGAGAAGGUUGGGGAUUGCAAGGGAAUGUAGGAAUAGAAUCACUAACAGUUAUCGAAGAUUGGUCGUCUCCAUUGCUACUUCCUAUCCGGGCAAAGGCAUGAGCCUCAGCGACCUCAUUCAGGAAGGGAGCCUUGGGCUUCUUCGAGGGGCAGAGAGGUUCGACCACAGGAGGGGCUACAAGCUCUCCACUUAUGUAUAUUGGUGGAUCAAACAAGCCAUCAUCAAAGCCAUUGCAACCAAGUCAAGGAUCGUCAGAUUGCCUGGAAGCAUGUGUGCAACGGUGGCAAAAGUUUCAGAAGCGAGUGGGGUUCUUAUGUCGAGGCUUGGACGGAGGCCAAGCCAAGAGGAGAUUGCAGAGAAGACAGGCAUUGCGCUGAGCAGGGUGAGGCUUGUUACUGAGAGAUGUAGACUACCUCUCUCCAUUGAUCAACCCUUAGGAAGACAUGGAGACAUUUCACUCAAGGACAUAAUUGCUGGACCAGAGGAGACACGUCCAGAGGAAAUGGUGAAAAGAGAAUGGAUGAAGGGGACAAUGGAAAUGCUUCUGCAAACACUCAGUGAGAGAGAAGAAUGCAUAGUGAGAUUGCAGUUCGGGAUGAAUGGGGAAACCCCAAAAUCUUGUGAUGAGAUUGGGAGACUAUUGAACCUUUCCAGAGAGAGAGUCCGCCAAAUCCAUUAUAUUGCAUUAGCCAAGCUUAGGCAACAGCAUGCCACACAACACCUUAGACAUUUGUACCUGUCCAAAUGAUAUCACCAAUUCAAUGAAUUCAUUAAUACAGAAGCAAGUUAUUUUUUCUUCUUA